UUUAUUAAUCAUAAAAUGGAGAGUCUACACCAAGAUAGCAAAGCAGAUACAGAGCUGAUUAAAAACAAAGAGGAGUCUAUUAUGAGAGAAGAAAAAAUGAUUGAUUAUUUGUCAUGUGCUGCUCUACAACUCAAUAUCCAUUCAUUAGACUUCUUCACCAAAAUACCAGAUCUGGGCUCUAUUCCUGAUAGAGAUAAUACACUGAUUCUAGUUCAGAUAUGGGAGGAUAUUACUGAAGAAGAAUAUAGCAUUUAUCUCGAUGAAUUUGAUGAGGCAACAAUGUUUAAAAAGUUGGCACCCCUUCCUUAUUUUGAUGGAGAUGGAGUGAAUUUAUUCAGAUGUGGCCAAAAGCAAGAGUUUUGGAAAUACCUAUGCCAGUCUUUUCCUAAGAAGCUUAAUGGUUUGUGGGUGUUUUCUAUAAAGAAAGAACAAAGUCCGCUUGCUAAAUAUUUCAAUAGCAUUAUCAGGAUUAGCCAUACAGUUUCUAAAGAAGUUAGAUUCUCCGAGAUUCAAAUCAGCCAAUUCCAAUUAAAAAGGCUUAUAGUUUCUUUUAAACAUGUGAAAGUAUUUGCACUGAGUGAUUGUAACUUAUCCCUCUCUAUGGUUCCUGAUUUCUCUCAUGCUUUGAAGCACACCAAAAUUAGGAAACUAGAAUUGCUAUAUUAUCAGACUGAUGAAAAUUGGAAAACUGCUCCUGAAGUAUGUAUGAAGCUGCUACAAGGGUUAGCUACUUCUCAAGAUUUUCUGAGCAGCCUCAGAAAGUUGUCGAUCCAAAAGUGCGGGGUUACAAGAGAGGAAGUAGAACACUUUUUAAAGCAGAACAAGCUUGAUAUAGUAAAACUAUGGCAUUUUUAAUAACUCC